CUGUGUUCCAGAAAUUCCAGUGCGAGCCCUGAUUUAGUUAGCAGCAAGACCUGAGGAUGAACAUCUGCGUUGAGGAAAUUCAGGAAAAACUUGUCUCGCGCGAUCUUGUGUGUGCGGUGUUGCCGUCAGUGUAGUAACUUAUCGUUUGAGCGCGAAGUGUUGCCAUCAGUGAGUGAUCGUAAAGUUCAGUAGUUUUCAAACAAAGGAAGCAAAAUAAUUUGAUAUUAAUUGUUGUGCUUCAGACGUGACUAUACGUUCCACGGUUCCUUUUCGAACGCUGGCUUUCACUUUCACAACGGAAUCACUAGUCUUGUUUUAUCUUGGAAAUUCAACAGAAGAAAUGCUUGAAAUAGUUUAGUUAAGUAACGAUACAAAGCUUUUUCAUCCCGGCAUCGAUCUGCGUUACAAGAAAUUCAGCUGUUCGUCAUUGUCUCUGCAUCUGUUGAAGGAUGAGCAGUGAGGCGUGGGGGGGAGGGGAGGCGCGGCGCUACAGCAUCCCGCACUCCUCCGUCCUCGACCACCGCCACUCCCGCCACCAACUCCACCCGGCGACCAUGACGGAGGACCUGCACGCGUGGUCCAUCUACCGCCAGAACCUCAACACGGACUUCACGGACUCAGCGCUGGGCAGCAGCGACAAGACGCCGCUGCCCUACGGCAACUUCCUCCUCAAGGAGGCCACCGUGCAGGCCAUCCUCAACAACCCCAGAUACGCCCCCAAGAGCGAGCUGGGGUCGAACAUGUACACGUACCUCAAGUUUGGUCUUCCACGCGUCUUCCCCCCCAACGAGGGGCGCGAGGCCAGCAGCGGCUACGACUCCAGCGACGACGGGGGACACAGGCGGGGAGGCCGGGGCUCCUUGGGGCGCGCCGACCGCUACACCAGGAGCAAGAGCAAUCCUGACCUGCUCCAUGCCAGGGACUGGAGCUCCCCUCUGCCUCCACACAUCCACUCCCCCAUCAGGAGACCCAAGAGUUCGAGUGAAGCCAACCUGCUUGCGGCGCCGGAGUUCGGCCGCCGCCGUGGGGGGCGCAGCAGCAAGCUUACGGGCUCGCAGAUGUCGCUGCUCUCCCGACAGUCGCGACGCUCACGACAGAACGGCGCCAUCUUUAACCAGGAAGCAUAUCAGAUGAUGCGGGACGCGAGCGAACGUGUGAAGGUAAAGUGUACAGUAGGCAUAGGCCGCUCAGUGAUGGUGGAGCGGCGUCCUAGGAUGCGGUCGUCGCUGCAGCGCAGCAGUAGCCGCUGCGUCGGCGGCUCCGCGGCGGCUCCUCCACUGCGCACGGCAUCGUUUGCUGUGCCCGGCACCACCAGUACCGGCGCGCGUGGCGUGACGCAGCUGCACCGCAGUGCCUCAUACGCCCACGGUCUGCCAUACGGCCACUACGCUGGGGGCCUCAGUGACUAUCACAACAUGGCCCAGCUGAAGCAGCGCGUGAGGCGAAGGCGUUUGGCCCGAGAUGGCAGCGAUGUCCACGGUAAUGGCAGUGUCUUGCCCUCCCUCCCUGACGGCUACACGCUCCCCAGACUCGUGAGCACCAAAGUCCACAAUGGCGGAUACUCAGUGCAGACCCAGCCUCUUCUCGCCUCCUCAUCCUUCAGCAGUUCUCAUUCUCAGCAGUCCUAUUCCCAGCAGCCAAUGCCUAAGAGGACCUCAAAGGUUCCUAGAGCUCAGACUUUGCAACACUCCUCUUCUAUGCUCGUUCAGCCAUCGCAUUAUGGUAUCAGUAGCUACAGCAGGCCAAACUAUUCUCAGAUGGUGCAAUACAAGCAGCCAUUAUCGCUACAACUGCAUCCGGACUCUCCACAAUACCUUCAGACACACGAGUAUCUCCAACCACAGCAGUUCUCCUCAAGUCAUCACCAGGCACUGCGAGCGUUUACAGGGUCUCAGCAAUACCUUCAUUCCUCGCUACAAGCUCCUCAGGCAACACGUCUCCACCACUCUGCCUCGUUCCAGGUGCCCAGUCAUCACCAUCAGACACCUUACCAAAGAAACCUCCAGUUCCAGCAUUCCGUGAUGAACCCACAGCUCUCUGCAUCCUGCCCUAAAUUCAACCAACUGACCUACCCUCUCACGUCGAUCUCCUACCCUGACCUGCAUGAUAUCGACGCGCAGGUUUUACCCGAGUCUCAACCCCGCUUGUCUUUCCCAGUCAUGCCCGAGCAUAGAGCCUCCCCAAGACUACCUGCCCCACCCAUGAACCCUCCCACUUCCCCCUACUACACGUCUCUCUCUCGCCUCCAGCCUCCCGAAGGAGGCGUGUACCGGGAGCCCCCAAUGCUCAACGACAAGCUCUUCCCUCGUGACGCGGUCUGGAACGAAGAUGGCGUGGGCAUCUCUGGCACCAUCGGGCCGGGCAACAUCAGCAACGGCCUCGUGGGCACCAAGGGGCCACACGUGCAGGUCCGAGGCCUCGUCUACGACAACAGGAGCUCCAAGGACCGGUCGCAUCUGCUCGACGGCAUCAGCUUCGAGGCUCGCGGGGGCGAGAUGCUCGCCGUCAUGGCCACCGAUGAGGACGAGGGGACUUGUCUGCUGGACUGCCUGGGUGGCCGGCACACCCGCUGGGGGGGACGACUCAGGGGCGACUUCCUCCUCAACGGCAACCUCGUCUCCCCUAACAAACUUGCAUCUCGCGUGGCCUACGUACAACAAGACGUGAGCUUCUGCCCAGACACGAGCGUCCGACAGACGCUGCUGCUGCACGCCCUGCUCAGGGAGAGCGGCGACCCUGCCAGGGGCAGCAACGUCAAGGCCAGGAUCAACGCCCUCAUCGAGGACCUCGGGCUGGAGCAGGUGAAGCACACGCGCGUCCUGGACCUGACGCUGAGCGAGAAGCGACGUCUCAACGUCGCGUGUCACCUCCUGCUGGAGACGGACGUCGUGUUGCUGGACCAGCCCACCCGCGGCAUGGACAUCUUCGACACAUUCUUCCUCAUCGAAUACCUUCGCCAGUGGGCCGGCAGAGGCAGGAUUGUCAUCCUGACGAUCCAGCCACCGACGUACGAGAUCUUCACGAUGAUCUCGCGCGUGCUGCUCGUGUCGACGGGCCGCGUCAUGUACUUCGGGCGGCGGCGGGAGAUGUUGCCGUACUUUGCCUUCAUUGAGUACCCUUGUCCUGCUUAUAAGAAUCCUUCAGAUUACUACAUUGACCUGGUGACGCUGGACGACCUGAGCUCGGAGGCGAUGCUGGAGUCGUCACAGCGCGUCGAGAUGUUGGCCGACACCUUCAGGAGGAAGCAGGAGGCCCUCAGCGACCCCGGCCCUUCUGCCCCCCUGCCGCCACACAUCCGCUCCGCCAACGCCUGCAUCACGCUGCUCGCCCUCUGGAUACGAGCAAUGAUCUACCAGUUCCCCUACAAUCUACUACGGUGGCUAAGUCGCUCCUUCGUCGCGGCUCUCAUAUCCGUGUUCGUGGGACUCGUCUUCUGGGACGUGCGCAGCGCUUCUGUCCAGCAGCAGUGCACAAGUACCACAUUGUUUAGAUGUCUGAUGCCCUGGCUGCUGCAGGUGCUGUACAGCUUCUUGGCACUGGCGGGGAUCUUUCUAGCGUACAUCCUCCCAGCGUACUCCAUGGCGGGCUUCCUGCCCCAGGACGGUGACACGAAGUUCUACAGCUACGUAGGACAUUCGCUCGUCUACCUCUUCGCUAUCAACACCUUAGCCAUCGCCGUGGCGACGGUGGUGGCAUCGCGCCAUGUGGCGGCCGCUAUUGUGGCGUUCGUCAUGACAGUCGCGGCACUGGGGACAGGCUUCACUUUACAUCCAGCCGAGGUGUCAUGGUGGGCGUGGCCCACGCUGUGGUGGUCGCCCUCUAGGUGGCUGCUGCGCGAGCUCACUCAUGCUGACCUCGUCCUGGCCAAGGACUUUUCUUGUGAUCGCAACCCCGUCAUGAAAGACCUGCAAAGUAUCAUUCAGAGAAAGGUCUCGUGUGGUAUCGUGAACGGUGCCCAAGCUUUGAAUUACCUAGGCUUGGACGAUGCUUACCUACCGGGCAAGUAUUACCCCGCCUUGCUUAUGUUCAUCUUCUAUGUGGGGUGCCUGCUCGUAGCCAUGCUUGGCUUCAUCUUCUUGGCGCGUACACCAAGGAAGAAGAAAUACCACGUCGAAUAAAUUUGAUGUACAUUGUUGAUGAUAACAACGCUUAACAAAUUGCUGCCUUGCAUUGAAAAAAAAAAUGUUCGACUGUUGGUUAACUGCUAGCAGCAUUGCCCACUUCCGUAACUGACCUAAAAAAAGACGUGUAAAUGUAACUCUUCAAACGAAAUAAGAGAAAGGGGCGAAAAGAAAAUAUAUAGGUAUAAACUGGCAUCAAAAGUUGAUUUGAAAUACUAUUCGUCUAAUUUUGAAUAUAUUUGAGAUUUUGCAAAUUUAUUAUAAAAAUGUAUAGUGCCUACUGGAUAGAUAAUGCUAAAAUUCAAUGUAUGGGUAUGUUCGAUGCAAUAAGUACUUAUAAUAUUUGACAAUUGUAAAUAAAUUGUUAUUGAUAAA